AUGGAUGACGACAAUUAUGACCGGCACUUCCGGUUGCUGAUAUGUGGAGGAAAAGGGACAGGAAAGUCAACCCUUUUGUCAAGCUUUUCGUUCGAGAGUGAUCGGUCACAAGGCACGACGGUGUUGCGACUAGACGACGAUAAUAUUCGCAUCGAUGUGCGGAAAAAAGCCGAGUGGCAGAGAGAAUACAUCUCCGAAUUCGAUGCAGUCGUCGUUGUAUUUGCUGCCGAUGAUUUCAAGAGUUUCGAAUAUGCGGUGGAAGUGCUCCGUAGCGUGCAGAACUGUGAUUUCUUACCAGUUGUGAUAAUAGAAAACAAAAUAGAUCUCAUCGAUGACUACGACUUUUCGAACAAGGAUGUCAUUGAAAACUCGGUCAGACAAGCAAGGAUACGGCUCUACAGAGUUUCGGCCAAAAACGACUUCAAUGUGAUGCAUCCAUUUGCCUACGUAUUAGAAAAGCUACUCCGAUACAGUGAUGAGAACGCCAAUGUUCACGAGAAAAGCAGCUUUCAAACUUUCCAUCGGCCAUCUCGCGAAGGCUGGGUGGAGCGACCGGUGACAAGGUCGAGAAAAAAGAGCGUCAAUUGUACCAUUAUGUAA